AUGCAACAAACCGUGUGUCUGCCAAGUGUGUUGCUCUCUGUCGCCGAGGCAGGAGAGCUUAGCACGUCACCGUGCUGGACAUUGCACGAAUCCAUUCGUUCUGCUUUCCCUCGCGCUCUCGCUGUCGAGCUUCGAGGCAUGCGCUGUACCCGACGAGGAUGCAAUCAAGACUUUGACGACACGGACAACAAGGAUGACACUUGUAGCUUCCAUCCUGGUCAUCCCGUCUUUCAUGAGGGUCUCAAGUCAUACGCCUGCUGCAAAGACAUCAACAAGCCUGUACUCGACUUCGAUGACUUUAUGAAGAUACCGCCAUGCGCGACAGGCAGUCAUUCCAGUGAACCCUUGGAAGUGCCAGCAGCGCCAGCGCCAAAGGACCCUGCUAGUCCAGAUCUGGCCAGCAAGCUAGCAGCAGCAGUCGUCGCUGACGAAUCAUCUGCUCCACAGCCCGUCCUCCUCCAAAGACCGGCGCGUUCAGCAGCAGCGGAUGAGUCACCACGAAGUCCUGAACCUGCCGCGGAGCUGGAGCAGGAUCCCAUAGACGCGUCCGUACAGGCCGGCAUGAGAUGCAAACGCAAAGGGUGUCCCAUUUCAGCCGACGACAGUCUCGACAGAAACGCAGACGAAUGUCGCUUCCAUCCGGGCGAUCCCGUCUUCCACGAAGGCAGCAAGGGCUACAGCUGCUGCAAGAAGCGUGUGCUCGACUUUGGCGAUUUUCUCGCGCUGCCCGGCUGUUCCACCUCGCGACAUCUCUUCGUAGGCAGGCCGAAGCCAAAGACAAUCGAGCCUCUUCGGCUGCGUCAUGACUUUUAUCAGACACCCAAGACUGUCAUCGCGUCUGUCUUUGGCAAGAAAGCUAGCAAAGAAGACUCGCGAGUCAUCUUCGAGCAGUGGCAGAUGCAUGUCGAUUUGCGACUGCCGGACGAGCAGCAUUAUCAGAAGACCUUUUCGCUCUACGGGCCGAUCGACCCUAUCGCGUCGACCUAUGUCGUCCUCGGCACAAAGAUAGAGAUCAAUCUUGUCAAGGCCGAUUCCCGAAGCUGGCCUGAACUUGAGGAAGCAGAGGGCAGCAAGACCAAAGCUCAGAUCACAUUCGGUGUUGCGAACAAGGGUCUCUCGGUCGGGCAGAAACAGAUGAUUCUGGACGAGACGAAUGCACUGUCGCAUGCUUAG